AUGAGUUCUCUUCGGUUACUUGAUUUCUCUAGUAACAGUGUGAGUGGUAGGAUUCCACUGUGUCUGGCCAACUUCAGCAGUUCUUUGAAUGCACUGAAUCUUGGAAGCAACAACUUGUAUGGGGUCAUUCCUCAAGCUUGCACCAGCAGAAACAAUUUGAUGAAGAUCGACUUAGGUGGAAACCAUCUAGAAGGGCAAGUACCAACAUCACUGGGGAGCUGUCUGAUGCUUGAGAAGCUUGAUCUUGGAAAUAAUCAAAUAAAUGAUACCUUCCCCUUUUGGUUGGGAGCUCUUCCGAAGUUGCAGGUUCUCAUUUUGCGGUCCAACAAAUUCCAUGGUGAAAUACGAGGACCCAGAACCAAUUUUGGGUUUCCCAAGCUGCGUAUCAUUGACAUCUCUCAUAAUGGUUUUACUGGUAAUUUUCCAUGGGAAUACUUCCAAAGCUGGGAUGCCAUGAAAAUUUUGGAAUCAAAACACUUAACAUACAUGCAGGUGGGCAUAAAGUUUCAGGUCUCAAGGCAUUUGUGGACAGCCUACUACACAUGCUCAAUGACAAUGGUAAACAAAGGCAUGGAAAGGGUGUAUGAGAAGAUCCCCGACAUCUUCACAGCGGCUGAUCUCUCAAGCAAUAAAUUUGUAGGAGAGAUGGCUGACUGCAUUGGGAAAGCCAAGGGGCUUCAUUUGCUCAACCUUUCCAACAAUGCUCUUACAGGUCAAAUUCCAACAUCCUUGGUGAACCUGAUGGAGUUGGAGGUGUUGGACCUUUCUCAGAACAAACUCUCCGGCGAGAUACCCCAACAACUAGUCCAGCUCACGUUCCUUGAGUUCUUCAAUGUGUCCCACAACCAUCUGAAGGGUCCUAUACCACGAGCAAAUCAAUUUAGUACAUUUCCAAAUAGCUCAUUUGAUGGGAACUUAGGAUUGUGUGGGAACCCUUUGUCAAGGGAUUGUGGAAAUCCAGAGGCAUCAGCGCCACCUCCUUCAACCUCUGAUCAAAGUUCCCCAGGUGAACUUGACUGGAUAAUUGUAUUGUUGGGAUAUGGAAGCGGGCUGGGGGUGGAGUGCAACAACAUGGAAGCAAGGUUCAAAGUAUCGGUUGAGUUUGGCACAACUCAAUUAAUUCAUAUUCGCCUUGGCCCUUUCCGUGCCAAGUUUGAUAUCUGA